CUGUAUAUGUUCCUUCACAUUUGUACGGUUUGAUGAAAAAUUAAUAGUGUGAAUUGUACUAACUAUUGACCAAUAUAAUUUCCCUUCACCAUCUUAUGACUCACUAACUCAAACUCAUCGCAAUGGCAGAAAAUUCAUAUCCUUAUCCAUCAACUCUUAAUAUAUCAAAUUUUGUUACCAUAAAACUGUCUAAUUCUUCCAACUAUAGUCUAUGGAAAGCACAAAUGCUUUGUCUUCUUGAAAGUCAAGAAUUAGUUGGUUUCAUCGAUGGAACUAAUUUAAUUCAAUUAGACUUGAAGUGGAAAAGAAGUGAUAGGCUUGUUAAAGGUUGGAUUUUUGGUUCUUUGGCUGAAGAAAUGCUUCAAUAUGUGGCUGAGAAAAUCAGUGCUAGAGAUGUUUGGUUGGAAUUGGAGGAAAUUUGCUACCAUAAUUCACUAGACAAUUUUCAAGAAAUAAAGAGCACAGAGUCGAAGAAAGAUUACAAGUACUAUUUGCCACUAUACAAGGCUUCACUGUGUGGUGAUUGGGAAAAUGCAAAAGAAUUCUUGAAAAAAGACAAUGAAGCAAAUAGAGCUCAUAUCACAUCCUUGUUACAAACAACACUUCACAUUGUAAUCGGGUCAAAGAAGGACGACAAUGCCAAGUUUUUCAUUGAGAAUUUGGUGAAUUCAAUAACAGAUGAUGAUGCGUUAGCCAUAAAAGAUAGUUUCGGGGAAACACCUCUUCAUUAUGCUGCGCGUUUUGGCAACUUAGAUGCUGCGAAAAUUCUUGUCACAAGAAAUUCGAAUUUGCCAAAUAUUGUGUCUAAUAAUGGCCUUUAUCCUAUUCAUUUAGCUGCUGAAUAUGGUUACAAAUCUAUGGAUUUGGUUCAUUACUUCUUCAGUGUCACAAAAUGUUCUGCUCCUUAUUCUGGUCGAAAUGGUGCUAGGCUGCUACAUCUAUUGAUAUGUUUGGACUUGUUCGAUUUUGCUAUGUACUUACUGAAAAUUUCUCCUGAUUUGGCAAAAUACAACUCAUAUGGAUCAUCUCCUUUGACUCUGUUGGCUACAAAGACGUUUGGUACAAGUCAUGUAAGCUCGAACAAGCCAAUAUAUUUAACCAACGCUACAUCAUGGAAUUUUCUAGCAAGAGCAAAUGUCAAUGAUAUCGAGAAUGCAAUCAACGAAACAUUACUCGAUAAAUCAAAGUCUAAUUCAUUUGAAUGGGAAUACAUCCGAGAUGAAGAAUGGAAACACCAAAAUGCAAUUAAAUUAGCAGAAUGCCUUUGCGAGAAACUACAAAGUUUAAGCGGGAAAGAAAUCAAAUCCGUUGUUGGUGGUUCUCUCCUCCAAGCCGCGCGUUUUGACAACUACAAGCUUAUUGAAAUUAUCGUGAAAUUUUUUCCUUCAUCGAUUUAUUAUUGCAACAAAAAUGGGAAGAAUAUAUUUCACGUUGCAGUAGAGAAUCGCUGCAAAAACGUCUUUAAAUUGGUCAGUCAAAUGAAUCAACAUAGGCAUUAUCUCGUGACUGCAGUUGAUUCAUCUAACAACACAAUCUUGCAUUUGGCUGGAAAAUUGUCUAAUGAAAAUGAGCUAAAUUGUAACUUUGGGGAGGCUCUCCUGAUGCAAGAAGAGUUGCGGUGGUUUGAGGCAGUGAAGCAAAUAUUACCACCUUCUUAUUACGAGUGUUUAAACGACAAGGACAAAACUGCUCAUCAAGUAUUUACAGAGCAACACACAAAUUUGAGAAUACAAGGAGAGAAAUGGAUGAAAUACAUAGCAAGUCCAUGCGCAAUUAUAGCAGCACUCAUCAUUAUCGUCGCAUCAAUUAUAUUUUCAGGCAUCAAAAACUACGAAAACACAUUUUUGGUUUCCUCCAGAAACGGUGUUUUCAUAGCAUUCAUCUUCUCCAACACAGUAUCACUAUCCACUUCCUCCAUUUCCUUAUUCGCAUUCGUUUCUAUUUUGACUUGUCGUUAUGCGGAAGAAGAUUUUCUACGUGUGUUCCCAAAGCGCCUAUUAUUGGGACUUCUCGCCUUGUACGCCUCUGUAGAAGCGUUGAUACUGAGUUUUGGUUGUGCUCUGUAUUUUGUGUUGAGGGACAAUGAAAUAGCGUUUUAUGCGGCGUUUAUACUUGUUGUAUUGCCCAUUUUAGCCUUUCAACAUUGGCGAGGACCGCUUAUUAAUCAUUUGUUUUCUUUGGUCAAGAAAAAUAACACAAUGCUUUGAAUGCAUAGAUCGAUGAUGUAUAUAUAGUGCAUUCUGAAUAUAUAUUAUUUUUUU